AGAUCAGCUUCAAUACCUACAGACUCAUAUAAGUACAUAAAUAUUCCUCCGAAUAAUACAAAAUAUUAUCAACUGUGCUCAAGAUGAAUCCUCAAAUUAUUUGUCUUGUCCUUCUUCUGACCGUCGGAUUUUCGCAUGGCCAGUCUUCGAUGUUCAAUCAGUUCAAUCCAAUUGCAGACAACUCUUCGGCACAAAAUGACAAUUCAACUUCUGAAACUAAUAACGCAACUAAUUCAACCAAUGACCAAAAUCAGCAACAGCAACCAAAUAUGGGUAAAACUUUCGAAGAAAACAACGAAGCUAUAAAAAAAACCAUGAACUCAAUGAUGAACGUCGGAAAAGCCCAUGUUGAUGCCGCUAAAACUAUAGCUGAGACAGGAAUAAAAGUGGGAAAUUCUUUUCCGCAACUCGGCUCAAAACUUAUGGGACAGAUGAGCAACAGUAAUAGCCAAAAAAACGGACCCAUGGGGGGUUUUGGAUUCUUUAAAUAAAUUAAUAUUUCAAUCACGUGAAUAACUAAUGUACUGCUCUGUUAUAAUGCGAUAAAAAUAAAAAUACUUUUCUUCAAAAUUUAA